AUGGCGCUGGAAAUGGCAGUAGAGUUGGCAACGGAAGCUAGCCCUAAUUUAAAUCUAUCACGCCUGAACGGAGGUAGUGGGCAAGGCCCGGUCUUUUUCGCGGCGAAAUUCGACGCAAACGGCCUCGAGUCGAAUUGUCACAGGCCGUCAGACGCCGACAACCAGAUCCAACCUAGCUCUCGCCAAGCCGACGACGACGACGAACGCCCGAGUCAUCCUCAGCACGCCAUCCUACAUGCAGCCCUGUGGCGAGAUCUUGUGAACGGCAGAGUCACCGAUGAUCAGUCCAGACCGCUUAGUACGAAGACGCGCGCUUCCACCGGAAAUGCUCCAGCAGCAUCGCGUUCGAGACAUCACCUCCGUAGCAGCUGCCGUUUCGUCCCUGCUGAAGUUACUUGUAAUAAUGGCCUCUCACCACUUCGAUAUCGAAUUCGACAAAAAAUGGCCGCCAACACCUUGAAUCUCCUCCAUCCGUCCAUUUCAUUCACUAGCUGA